AUGACAGGGAUACCGAACCAUAUACAUACUAUCCUUGAAGAUCCUUCAAAAUUUCACUACAAACAAGAAUGGUUGGAGUCUGAUACACUCGAAUCUAGGGAUAUAUUUGAACUGUUUUCAUUUGGUACCAUAGAAGAUGUACCAUUAAACUUGAGACUUUCACCAGAAAUGCUUAAAAAAUUACAAUUAUUGACUAUUGUGUCGUUGGUUCAGACUCACAGAGAAUUAUCAUACACAUUCAUUAUGGAACAGUGUAAAAUAUUUUCCAUAGAUACGAUUGAACGAUAUUUGAUUGAACUUCGACCUUUCUUUAAAGUAACACUAGAUUCUGUAAGACAAGUUGCACAAAUUAACACAUUAUUGGAUUGCCGAGAUGUGUAUGAUAAUGAAAUACCAUUACAAUAUGUUUCUAUACCCAGAGAAAAUAAGACUCAACUCAUAGAGAAAUUGAAACAUUGGCAAAAUAAGCUUACCGGACAGAUCAAAGAUCCACAUUAA